UUAGAUUCUCACAUAUCUUCUGAAACAAAACAAGUUCAGUUUUCCGAUCAACAAAAACCUCAGUUCCAAAAAUGGCGUCACAAGAUCAGAAGUUCAGAGCCGGCGAAGCCAAAGGCCAGGCGGAAGAGAAGACCGGUCAGAUGAUGGGAACAGUGAGAGACAAGGCACAGCAAGGCAAAGACAAGACCUCCGGCAUGGCGGAAUCCGGCUGGGAACGGACCAAAGAGACGACGGACCAGACCGGAAGCUACGUGUCGGACAAGGCCGGAGCCGCGAGGGAUAAGGCGUCGCAGAUGGGUCAAGCCACGAAGGACAAGGCGUCGCAGAUGGGUCAAGCCACGAAGGACAAGGCGUCGAAUAUGGCGCAGUCGACUAAAGAAACUACACAGGCCGGAAAAGAGAAGACCGGCGGCGUGAUGCAGAGGACCGGGGAGCAAGUGAAGAGUAUGGCUCAAGGGGCGGCAGAUGCAGUGAAGCAUACGUUUGGAAUGGGGGAGGCUGGCGCGGGUCAUGAGGAGGAGAGUGGUGGUGGUGGUUUGGGUACUACUACCACCACCACCACCAGGAGGACUAACUACUAGAGGUUGAACUUGAAGUGUUGGGGCUUCCUUUAUGUGUUGUAUGUUCAAUUUCUUGUUGUGGUGUUUGUUUUAAAGUUGAGUUUUGUCGAUGGGUUCUUUUUAGGAUCCGAUUGGCGUCGGCGAGGAGGGAUGGUUUUUAUGUUCCCUUUUGUGUCUUGUGUCUUGUGUCUUGUGUUAGUUUGAUGGCUUUCGUGCCCUCAAAUGCUACAUUGCAAAUAAAGUGACGAUU